AAAAGGCUUUACUUGGGCCCAAACACUCUGUGCAGCUAAGCCAGUCGUAGCUAGAGCAAGUCUGUCAUUCAGUAUCAAUAGUGAUUGAACACCCCCAAGGAAUGGCAGGAGUAAGACUAGCCACUGUGGCUGAUCUGCAACUCAGUAAUGGAACAUGGAAACUAUCCACACUAGCUGUGGGCAUGGCUAGCACCAAGAGAGACCUCGAGGCCAAAUGUCCAGUGCCAAUGUCCGUCUCCCCUACAAUGGCCACCAUCUGGGCUACAAUUAUCGGAAUUACCAUCUUAAAACAGGUGAGAGGGUACGAACUGAGGGUGACUAGAGCCCAGCGAUGGCUCAAAACUUGCUCCCUCCCUGACACCGUUGCCAUUGAUGACCUGUACGGUGCAGCCGAGGAGCUCUUGUGACUCACCAGAGGACAAACCUCUCUCUCCUCCCACUCCCCGCAGACUGAUGGAGUCCCCAUCUUCCCUCGUCACACUCUCUUCUCCCUCCACAUCACUGCUCACACCUGCACAGAGACCACACCCAUAGUUGGAGUCACACCAUACAACCACAUAGCAACUACAUGUACAUAAAUUGUUGAGAGGAGCUACAUCAACAAAGCUCUAGGGGACAUUGCUAGCUUCACCAUGUUUGGUAUAAAAAAUUUCUUGCCAGAGUAAGAAUAUCAUGUCACAAUAGGUCGUUUGUGUACACACAUUAAAAGAU